AAAAAAAUUUAAUAAAAAAUAAGAAUUGCAAAACGCGAACACAUAAAGCCACUGACUAAGCAAAGUUUUCCGGUUCAGCAGAGUUCAUGAAAAAGUUUUGGAGCAAGCAUUAUAGAUAUUCACCGAUAUAAUUCAUCAAAAUAUUAUAUAUAUAUAUAUAUAUAUAUAUAUAAAAACGUGAAAAUCCCUCAAGGACAUGUUCCAAUCGACAAAAUUCUAAACUUCAAACAAACAACUAAAAAAAGGCAUCAUUCCAAAUAAUAAAAUAAAAUAAAUAAUUAAAAUCCCAAAAGAGUUAAAGAGCUGGAAAAUAAAAAAUUAAAAAUAAAAAAAAAAAAGUAGACAAAGCGAUUAAGAUCAGUUUCGAACCUUAAAGUUGAAAAUUCUUAAAAAGUUGAAAUUCAAAAGUGUUCCUAAUCCGCAAAUCCGAGAGAAUUAAGAGAAAAUAUAUAAAACAAAGAGAGAGAGAUAUUAAAUUCAAAAAACAAAAACAAAAAAAAAGAGUAAUCAAAAAUGGCAUCCGAACUGGAUCAAUUCGCCGAUUUGGAACUAUCGAAGGAGGAUCGUGAACAGAUUUUCGACCCGCCACUGGAUCGACAGCAGUUGGAAGGUGCUGGCACCUCAAGUGUUACGACAUCAAAAAUCUUAAUAAGCGGCAUACCGAUGCAAACACGUUUCGAAGACAUCGAACCGCUACUGAAGCCCUAUGGCAUCGUCAAACAGUGUGAGGCUAUUUCUAGUAAGGAUCAAAAUACUCAAACAGUACAUAUAACAUUCGAAAAUCCUGAGCAGGCGCAAAGAGCUGCUGGUGGUCUAAACGGUGUCGAGUUCGAGGGCAGUAAACUGCAUGCCGAGCAGCUGGACAAGAACCAGCGGCGGAGCCAGCGCAAUCAACGCAAUCCGUAUCCGGGUAUGCCAGGUCCCGGUAGGCAGGCGGACUUUCCGCUACGCAUUCUCGUCCAGAGCGAGAUGGUGGGCGCCAUCAUUGGACGGCAGGGCAGCACCAUCCGGACAAUAACACAACAGAGCCGUGCUCGGGUUGAUGUUCAUCGCAAGGAGAAUGUCGGUUCGGUGGAGAAGUCCAUUACGAUUUAUGGUAAUCCAGAGAAUUGCACCAAUGCCUGCAAGCGUAUACUGGAGGUGAUGCAACAGGAGGCACUAUCCACGAAUAAGGGUGAAAUUUGCCUUAAAAUACUCGCCCAUAAUAAUUUAAUUGGAAGGAUUAUUGGCAAGUCGGGUAAUACCAUUAAAAGAAUCAUGCAGGAUACCGAUACCAAGAUCACUGUCAGCUCGAUCAAUGACAUCAAUAGCUUCAAUCUGGAACGCAUCAUUACGGUUAAGGGUCUGAUCGAGAAUAUGUCGCGGGCCGAGAAUCAAAUUAGUACCAAACUCCGACAAAGCUAUGAGAAUGAUCUGCAGGCGAUGGCACCGCAAAGUUUAAUGUUCCCCGGCCUCCAUCCAAUGGCAAUGAUGUCGACACCGGGCAACGGCAUGGUCUUUAAUACGAGCAUGCCGUUCCCCUCGUGUCAAAGUUUUGCCAUGUCCAAGACACCGGCCAGUGUUGUGCCGCCUGUAUUCCCCAAUGACCUUCAGGAGACCACGUUCCUUUAUAUACCGAAUAAUGCUGUCGGCGCCAUUAUCGGUACAAAGGGCUCACAUAUACGGAGCAUAAUGCGAUUCUCGAAUGCAUCAUUAAAGAUAGCACCCCUCGAUGCCGACAAGCCGCUGGACCAACAAACGGAGCGCAAGGUGACGAUUGUUGGUACACCGGAGGGUCAGUGGAAGGCGCAGUAUAUGAUCUUUGAGAAGAUGCGCGAAGAGGGUUUCAUGUGCGGCACUGAUGAUGUUCGUCUAACAGUUGAAUUGCUGGUGGCCAGCUCUCAGGUGGGUCGCAUCAUCGGCAAGGGUGGUCAGAAUGUUCGUGAAUUGCAGCGUGUGACGGGCAGUGUCAUUAAGCUGCCGGAGCAUGCUCUGGCACCGCCCUCUGGCGGUGAUGAGGAGACGCCCGUACACAUUAUUGGUCCCUUCUACAGUGUACAGUCUGCACAGAGACGCAUUCGGGCCAUGAUGUUGUCAACAAAUCCGCCGCCAGUUACCAAAAAACAGAAAGCUGCCAAAGAACAAUUGCAACAACAACAACAACAACAACAGAGCCUAGCAGGUGCCGCAACAAGUGGGUCCCAACAGCAGCCGCAACAACAACAGUCACCAUCGCAGCAGCAGCAGGCGUUGCCGCAAUUGCAUCAUCAGCCUGUGUCGUCGGCGUCGUCAUCAUCGACGCCCCCAGCACAUCACCAGCAGCAGGCAUCGACGCAGCAGCAGCCGCAGCAGCAGCAACAACAACAACAACAACAGCAACCGUCGCCGCCACCUUCUGGCAAUGCAACUGCAGCAGCAGCCCAACAGCAGCAGCAGCAGCUGGCGAGCUCACAGCAGUAAUCCCAAGAAGAAGAAGAGACAUCUACCACCUCAUCCACCUCCACCCUACCACCACCCAAUCAGCAACCACCGUUAGAUGAUCAUGUUGAUGGAGAGCAGUCGCCAUAAUAGCCAAGGCAGGGUUAUAGACCAGGCCCUAACCACCACCACUACCCCCCCCUUCCAAAUCAUCGUUUACAAUCGUGUAGAAAAGAAAAAAAAGAGAGACCAUAGGCGCGCCCACCUCUUGUGCUGGCACAGGCGACAAAACGUAAGCAAACAAGAUUGUAAACGACAUGCAAUAGAGAUGGAACUAGAAUCAAAACAACGACACGAACAGACAUGAACGAGUUAUACAGAGGCAACUGUCUCUCUCUCUCCAAUGUCAUCUCAACAGUUUGGGCCCCAUUACCAAGAAGCUCUAUAUUUUAGGUUAUAUAACAGUAUCAGUGUAAAGAAAACAGUUAAAAACAGCAGCCCCCCCUAAAAAAAAAAGAAACAUUAAGAAAAGAAACAUUCUUCAUUUGCCAGCUAAGAAAUAAAGCGAAAAUCGUUAAAUAGAUUGCAGAAUCGUCUUAAAAAAAUAAUAAUAUUAACA